UUUCAUAUCAGUGCGUUAUAGUGCCCAAAUAAAUACAUAAAUAAAGUGCGUGUUAUUAAAUAAAGAAAAACAAGAAUUUUUAAAAAUGUCUGAUUCAGCUGCUGUUGCUAAUGUUAGUUCUCCGGUGGCCGCUUCUGCGACUGUCGCUGAAAAGAAAGUUGCUGCUAAAAAGGCAGCUAAACCCAAAAAACCAUCGGCUGCUCCUACCCAUCCACCAACUCAACAAAUGGUCGACGCAUCGAUUAAGAGUUUAAAGGAACGUGGCGGCUCAUCACUUUUGGCAAUUAAGAAAUACAUUAGUGCCACAUAUAAGUGCGAUGCUCAAAAAUUGGCACCAUUCAUCAAGCGUUAUUUGAAAUCUGCCGUUUCCAGUGGAAAAUUGAUUCAAACCAAAGGAAAAGGUGCGUCUGGUUCAUUCAAAUUAUCAGCUUCGGCCUCAAAAUCCAGUGAGGGAAAAGUAAAGCCAAAAGCAGAGAAGGCCAAGGCCAAAAAGAAGACGGCUACUGGUGCGGCAUCAAAGAAAAAGGCGGUAAGUGGUGCCAAAAAGGCGGCUGGUGAGAAAAAGGUGAAAAAAGCCGUCGCUAGCAAGAAAACAGCUGAAAAGAAGAAAAGUGAAAAAGCCAAGGCGAAAGAUGCAAAAAAGACUGGUGCAGUGAAAGCAAAGCCAGCCAAAGCUAAAUCAGCUGCCGCCAAACCAAAGGCAGCAAAAGCAAAAUCGGCCGCUGCCAAGCCAAAGAAAGCUGCCGCUAGUAAAAAACCAGCUGCAAAAAAAGCAACAGCUGCUAAGAAGUAAAUUUGUUUACGGAAUCCAUAUUCUCGAAACAAACUUAAAAAGCCCUUUUCAGGGCUACAAAA